CGACCGUAAAGCAGCUCGCGAGACCACGUGGCCUCCCAGCGGCUCGGGGCGCCCUUGAAAGUUCUUGGAUCUGGGAGUUAUGGCCGGUCCUUUGCAGGGCGGUAGGUCCCGGGCCCUGGACCUACUCCGGGACCUGCCGCGUGUGAGCCUGGCCAACUUAAAGCCGAAUCCCGGCUCCAGGAAACCGGAGAGGCGACCAAGAGGUCGGAGAAGAGGUAGAAAAUGUGGCAGAGGCCACAAAGGAGAAAGGCAAAGAGGAACCCGGCCUCGCCUGGGCUUUGAGGGAGGCCAGACUCCAUUUUACAUCCGAAUCCCAAAAUACGGUUUUAACGAAGGACAUAGCUUCAGACGCCAGUAUAAGCCUUUGAGUCUCAAUAGACUGCAGUAUCUUAUUGAUUUGGGUCGUGUUGAUCCUACUCAGCCUAUUGACUUAACGCAGCUUGUCAAUGGGAGAGGUGUGACCAUCCAGCCACUUAAAAGAGAUUAUGGAGUCCAGCUGGUCGAGGAGGGUGCAGACACCUUUACAGCGAAAGUUAAUAUUGAAGUACAGUUGGCUUCAGAACUAGCUAUUGCUGCAAUUGAAAAAAAUGGUGGUGUUGUUACUACAGCCUUCUAUGAUCCAAGAAGUCUGGACAUUGUAUGCAAACCAGUUCCAUUCUUUCAUCGUGGACAACCCAUUCCAAAAAGAAUGCUUCCACCAGAAGAACUGGUACCGUAUUACACCGAUGCAAAGAAUCGUGGGUACCUGGCAGAUCCUGCCAAAUUUCCUGAAGCGCGACUUGAACUUGCCAGGAAGUACGGUUACAUCUUACCCGAUAUCACUAAAGAUGAACUCUUCAAAAUGCUCUGUACUAGGAAGGAUCCAAGGCAGAUUUUCUUUGGUCUUGCUCCAGGAUGGGUGGUGAAUAUGGCCGAUAAGAAAAUCCUAAAACCUACAGAUGAAAAUCUCCUUAAGUAUUACAGCUCAUGAAUUCCCAUCUGAGAAAGCAAAGUUGUUAAAGAGGACUGGAAUAGGGACCGAAAGAUGUGUAUUUGUCAUUGCAUUUUCAUUAUGUAUAACUUUCCAGAUGAUGAUGUUACUUUUCAGUGUACUCAGAUCUGUCAUUUUCAUUUAAAAUUAAAUUGGCAGGAAACAAGGACUGCAUGGAGAAACUGAGUCUGUGUGGGUUCUGUCUCAAAGAUACAAACUCUCUGAUAGUCUAUGGCAGGUAAAGGACAACUAUUUUGGAAUAUUUCUCUUUUGUUUUUUCAAUGAUCUUUUCAUCCAGGCCUUGUUACUGUUACAGAUCAGAAUGAAUGUACAAGUGGAAUGGGAAUGACCUGUAGGUCUGCUCUGCCAAGAUGAGAGUGGAGGGAGUGAGUUGGUGACUUAAUCUGUAGCCUCAGGGAAGCGCUGCUACCCAAUGUCAAGAGGGUAAAAUCUCCGCCCGAAGAGUAAGAUCAGGAUGUAUGCUUAAGGUGUAAGGCUGAUGAGUAGCUGCUAGGCAGAUUUGCUAGCAACAUUGAAGGUGAGAGA